AUGGCCAUCGGAGAGCGACCCGUCACCAUUCUCGGCCGCCACGGCGGCGUCGCGGACAUCCUGUUGGACGACCCGUCGCUCUCGCGGAUGCAAGCCGCCCUGUACAACUCUUCCAGCGCUACCUUCCUCGCCGACCUCGACUCGGCGCACGGGACGUGGUACGACGCUGCGGGGCGGACGCACGCGGUGCCGCAGCUGGGCGUGCGGCAUCACGCCCCUCCGAGGGACAGCCGAGAUCUGAGCGAGAUCUGGCCGAGUUGCAGGUGCCGCAGUUGGGCGUGCGGCUCGACCACACCGCGGAGCCGCAGCAGCUGGCCGAGGGCGCGACCUUCCGCCUCGGCUCGUCGAAGGUGGUCUACCGCGUCGCUGGCUGCGAGCCUGUGA